CAACAACUGGUGCUCUAAUAUUUGCAGAAAGAUAUGAAGGUGAAGCUAAUCAAUACGAUGUAAAUUCAAUGUAUAUAUUUGAAAUAAUAAAAAAAGAUGCAUCAUGGCCAAUUGCACCAGCAACAAUAGAAGGAAAUCCUCCAAAGAAAAGUCUUCAAUGUAUGAGAUAUUUAUGUUAUAAUUCACAUAGAAUUUACAUACAUUAUAAUUUAGAAUGUGUGCAAAAAAAUGGAUUGAAAGUAACAUUAAUGAAUAUAUCACAAAAUGCGCUUAUUUAUGAAAAAAAUGUACGUAUAACAAGAAAAGACAUGUUCGGUGAAUGGGCAUCUGCACGAAAAAGAAUAUUAGAAAUUGUGAAGCUACUAGGAGAUCAAGUAAAAUGUAUACAUACAGAUGGCUUUAUUAUAGCUGGAAAAGUAGAACUUAAAAUGGGAAUAGAAGUGGGUAAGCUGAAAUUUGAGAAAAAUGAA